GAAAGCCAUACAUUUCACACCUGAGCCUCAACUCUCGCGGCCCGGUACCAAACGACUCACGUACUGGUCCGAGGCCCGGGGGUUGGGGACCGCUGGCCUAGCAUACUCAGCCAGAUGGUGGACGCGUAUAUGCCCAUGCAAGUUAGUCAUGUUUGAGUACUUUUCUCGCACUAUACAUCUGCACAAGCGGCACACCGCUUUGAUUACAUCCUUAGGUUUACCUCUUUCAUCUGGUUUAAAGCCAAAGAAAUCCCAACUUGGCAACUUUACAUGUUUUUAGUGCUGUCAGCGUUAACGCGACAUCAUCACGACAAUGCGAUUACCAAUUAACGCAUCUGGAGCGUAGACUGAGUCAAAAUCCCUGAAACAUCUCUGUCAAUGCAUUUCGGCCAGUUUAUCCAAAGUUCCAGAUGGGUUGAGCGCUUUAAAAUUUUUAAUCGUGAUGAGCGCGUUUAAGCCCCGUUAACGCUGACAGGGUUUUUUUUGGGGGGGGAUUUGUUCGGCCGUGUUUGAACUUCUUCUGUGUGGUAAACCCGCAAAUCAGUCCGUGCAUGAUUACAUUGUUCUGCCCAUCAAAAAGCCUGUCUCGACUGAUGAUGGCCAGUUGGAAAAUUUUUACAUAUCGCCCAACCCUAGUGUGUUAUGUGUAGACACAACAAUGGUCUGGACUGGACUGCAAAUGAGUAAAAAAGCAAACAAAUGUCCAAAGAAAAAAUCAGAAAGACCUUUAGAAAGCCUGAAUUUUCAGUGUGGUUGAACCAUAUCUACUGUAAAUACUGUGUAUCUCAUAGAAAUGUGAUGGCUGUGUGUAGCAGUGAGAUAACUGAAUUCUCCUGAGUUCACAGCAUUGUUUGCAUCACUCGCUUUUAGUUCAGCGUCUCUUAAUAGGGUUAAAUUGCAGUUAAAGUCCACGGUUAAGGCUAUAAAAGUGUUAACUGGUAGUAAUUCAUUCGUUCGUUUAGUCGACUUUUAUCCCCCCUUUUUAAAAGCACUCCGUCUGAGGUAGAAAAGAGCUUUUUAAAUUUCAAAUUUCUUUCACGGCUUUUGUUUUGCCUGUAGGUCAGCUGUGCUUAUCAGAGCACGAGCUGUUCGGCAAUUGAUAUUCAAGAGGACUGCGUUCACAGAAUGAAUGGAGAGUAAAUGUAACUCACAGCCUGACCCUGUUUCACAGCACUGUGUACCACACAACCUUUCUUCCUGUCAGCUAUCAGGGUCCCGCAGCAUUCAGGAGGUGAAAGAUCUUGUAAACACACGUGAUCUCAUUUUUACGCAGUAAUCUGCCUUCGUCAAGCAGCUACAGCUCACAAACCUUUAAAAACAGCUCAGCAAGUCAUUAAAGACUUCCCAGGCAGAUUAGCCAGUCAUUCACUUCCUUCAACAGCCUUCGGGGCGCUCUGUUGGAGUCCAAAGGAGGGACUGUGGGCAGUUUUCAGUCUGAGUAGUAGCACCGAUUGUGGAUUUUAAGUUUUGGGAGUUUGAGGGGGGGCUGAGGAGAGAUGCACUGGGAGUUCUGGACUAAGAAGCUGGAUGAGGAGGAUUUGAUUGAGAAUGGAGUUUACGAGGAGAGUAACGGCACCAGCAGAACAGCCGGUAUGAACGGUAACGGUCCCAGCAGGCUUGUUGACCCCCUGGAGGAUCCGCUGCCUGGAGUGGGCACCUAUGAAGACUUCAACACCAUCGACUGGGUCAGAGAGAAGAGCAAAGACCGGGACAGGCACAGGGAGAUCACCAAUAAGAGCAGACAGUCCACUGUGGCCCUGCUGCACAGCAUCAGUGAUGCCUUCUCAGGGUGGCUGCUCAUGCUGCUGGUGGGACUCAUGUCAGGUGCUCUAGCCGGCGGCAUCGACAUCUCAGCCCACUGGAUGACGGACGUGAAGGGAGGGUUGUGUCUCCGAGGCUUCUGGUUCAACCACGAGCACUGCUGCUGGUUGUCUAACGAGACCACGUUCCAGGAGAGGGACCGGUGUCCACAGUGGCAGAGCUGGGCUGAGCUCAUAACAGGAAAGUCAGAGGGUCCCCUUGCCUACAUCAUGAACUACCUGAUGUACAUAUUUUGGGCUCUGAUGUUCUCCUUCUUGGCUGUCAUACUGGUCAGAGCCUUUGCUCCGUACGCAUGCGGAUCAGGAAUACCAGAGAUUAAAACCAUCCUCAGUGGCUUCAUCAUCCGGGGCUACCUGGGGAAGUGGACCCUGAUCAUCAAGACCAUCACCCUGGUCUUAGCCGUCUCCUCCGGGCUCAGUUUAGGGAAGGAAGGCCCUCUGGUCCACGUCGCCUGCUGCUGUGCUAAUAUACUCUGUCACCUGUUCACCAAGUACCGCAAGAAUGAGGCCAAGAGGCGAGAGGUGUUAUCAGCGGCAGCAGCAGUGGGCGUGUCAGUGGCUUUUGGAGCUCCUAUUGGAGGAGUCCUGUUCAGUCUGGAGGAGGUGAGCUACUACUUCCCCCUGAAGACUCUGUGGCGUUCGUUCUUCGCCGCUCUGGUGGCGGCCUUCACCCUGCGCUCCAUCAACCCGUUUGGGAACAGCCGCCUGGUGCUCUUCUAUGUGGAGUUUCACACGCCGUGGCACCUGGUGGAGCUGGCCCCUUUCAUCCUGCUGGGGAUCUUUGGAGGCCUUUGGGGGGCGCUGUUCAUCAAGGCUAACAUUGCCUGGUGCAGGCUUCGUAAAACCACUUGUCUGGGUCACUACCCCGUCAUCGAGGUGCUGGUGGUCGCCGCGCUGACCGCCUUGCUCGCCUACCCCAACAGUUACACCAGGAUGAGCGGAUCCGAGCUCAUCUCGGAGCUCUUCAACGACUGCUCCCUGCUCGACUCGUCUCAGCUGUGCGGCUACAAACAGCCAGCCAACACGUCAGACACAGGUGUAGAUAACAGCCUCGCUGACCGGCCAGCGGGACCGGGCCUUUACACGGCGCUGUGGCAGCUGGCCCUGGCCUUGGUCUUCAAGAUGAUGAUCACUGUUAUUACAUUUGGCAUGAAGGUUCCCUCUGGUCUCUUCAUUCCCAGCAUGGCAGUUGGAGCCAUAGCUGGCAGGCUGCUCGGCGUUGGCAUGGAACAGCUGGCCUACUACAACCACGACUCGGUUAUCUUUAAAGGGUGGUGCUCUCAGGGGGCAGACUGCAUCACGCCGGGGCUUUACGCCAUGGUUGGAGCUGCCGCUUGUUUAGGUGGAGUGACUCGAAUGACAGUAUCUCUGGUAGUCAUCAUGUUUGAGCUGACUGGCGGUCUGGAGUACAUUGUUCCCCUCAUGGCUGCAACCAUGACCAGCAAAUGGGUGGCAGAUGCUUUCGGAAGAGAGGGAAUUUACGAGGCUCACAUCAGGCUGAAUGGAUACCCGUUCCUGGAGCCAAAAGAAGAGUUUGAACACAGCAGCCUGGCGGUGGACGUGAUGAGGCCGAGGAGGAUGGACCCCGCGCUUGCUGUGCUCACGCAGGAGGGCAUGACUGUGGGGGAGGUGGAGUCAUUGGUGGAGAGCACGCACUUUAGUGGCUUCCCUGUGGUUGUCUCUUCGGAGUCCCAAAGGCUUGUGGGAUUUGUACUCAGGAGAGAUCUGCUCAUAUCAAUAGACAAUGCCCGCAAACGUCAGGAUGGCAUCGUCAGUGCCUCCCAAGUGGUCUUCACUGAGCACACACCGUUGCUUCCUCCCGACGCACCGCCUCCCCUCCGGCUGAGGUGCAUCAUGGACCUGAGCCCCUUUACAGUUACUGAUCACACCCCUAUGGACAUCACUGUGGAUAUUUUCAGAAAACUGGGGCUACGCCAGUGUCUGGUCACACAUAAUGGGAGGCUGCUGGGAAUCAUCACCAAAAAGGACAUACUUAAACACAUGGCGCAGAUGGCCAACAGGGACCCGGACUCCAUCCUCUUCAACUGAUCUUCUCCGUCCUUCCUCUUCAUCCUCGCCCACCAAAUCGCCCCUCUGUAGAGUGGGGUGAAGGGGGGGGGGGGGGGGUACACCAGCUUGUAGACUUACAUGAAAUGCACCUUUACCUCUUUGGCGAGAGAGAGCCAAGGAAGCUUGAGCUUCAUUUGCACAGCUGACCAGAGAACAAAGGAAUUUAUUUUCUGUGUAACUUGAAGGCAACUUUGGCUCUUCGAAUGACGACACACACCACUGAAAAAAUUUCAAGAAAACAACAAGCUGUCAGAAACAGUGACUCGUCCUUUUACUGACAGUGCUGGACCCGAUAUCAUGAGGGAAGUAGGACAGAAGUAAGUCGAUGGAAUAUUUCACAUCUGCACCUUCCAACAUUUUCUGUUCUCAUUUCCUUCCUCAUUUUCAAACCAGUGAGGAAACCUUCAGAGAACCCCAAAGGCCACUUCUCUCUCCUCUGUUUGCCAUCUCGAUUCUCACACCUGGGAGGAAGGGGGGGGAGGCAGGAACAGCUAAUCCUCUGUUAUAGGUGCUGACAAGAGGAGACGGGGUGGAGGAGGAGAAAAUGAAGACAUUGGGGAAGAUGAAGAGCUGUUUUGGGAGCUCCGUGCCUGCCUCCGGGCCAUCACAGCGAGCCCAGACAGAGCACUUUGAGCUGGGCUGAUGGAUGUGCAGACACCUCCCUCCCUCUGUGAGGUUUCCUGUAGCCGUGAGGGUGAAGGAUCCAGGAGUGUGAGAACAGGAUCGACUACACACACACACACACAAGCAAGCGUACACUCCACAAAGACUUUCACGUCAGCCUGGGAACCCACUAGAAACAUCUUUUCUUUUUCUUUUCUUUUUCGUUCUAUGUUUGAGUUUUGUGAUACAGCUCCAGCCUGGGAACUAUGCAGCGCUGUCCUGCCAUGCAGACAGUUUUGUUAUGUUAACGGCGUAUAUAGUCAUCGGAAACCAUGUCAUUCCUUAUAGAAGGUGAGGAGCAUUUCCAGGCUGUUGUGGAAGGGUUAAAAGAAAAUCAUGAUGUGAAUUAAUUUAUGUAAAUGUAAAAUUGUUCACUCUACUAAAUUAUUCCCCUGAUUAAAGUUGUUUUGUCUUCUUUGUUUUAGCUCCUCAUCACUUCGACUGAUGUCUUGUUUGCAUUUCGUGCUCACCUGAUCUUUAUUUCAUUUAUUUAUAUAUUUUUUAAGCUCCGAUUCGAGCAAAUCUCUCACUGAAACGUGUUUUUGUUUUCGUCGGUGUUCAGAACACGAAUUUUAGUUCUCUGAAUUUACUUUUUUUUUUCCCAGUUUUUCCUAAAAAGCCAAACUGAAACUGAUCCAGUGGAAAAUGUCAGCUGCAGCUAAUCAAAGAAUCUUGAUCAAAAAUGAGAAACAGCUGCUGCUCUGGUCCUCUGAAAUAUAAGAUUUUUCUUUUUUUUUUCUUCUGUCAGGCAAUAGUGAGGUGAAUCUUUGUUCUAUUCAAAGACGUCAUGUAGGCACAAUUUUUCCGAUGACUAACCACGCAAACAAUUUUCAAAUGAACGGAAAAUGAUAAUUGUUCAAAUUUUAGUUUAAUCAGGUUUGAAGCUGAAUUUAGGCAUUAACACGGUGAUGUCAAAGUAUAUUACUCUGUAAAUGAAUCUGCAUGCCAUUAAACCCACCUCAACAUUUUAAAAUAAUUGUGUUAAUUUAUAAAAUGUUCUCACAGGAUUAAAUGCAUCCCAUGGCCCUCUCUUCUUUAUUUUAGGGUUUUGUUUUGGGUUUGUUUAUCAGCAUUUUAACCAGGUCUGGACUUGGACAUGACCAUUGCAGCACCUUGAUCCUUUCCUUUUUCAGCCAUUCUGUUGUAGAUUUGCUGCUGUGACUGGGAUCAUCGUCCUGUCGGAUGACCUGAUUUCAACCAAGCUUCAGCUGUCAGACAGAUGGUCUCACAUUUGACAGGUUCUGCGAAAUGAGGCCAAAUCACCAGCCCUCCACCAGCGUGCCUGACGGCUGAUGUGCUGUGUUUCGUUUUUGCCAAACCUGUUGCCGUUCAUUACGGUUAAACGUCUCCACUCCACAAACGCCUCAUCUGGCCAAAUCACAUUGUUCCAGAAGUGUUGUGGUUUAUUCAGAUUUAUUAUUUCUCCUGCCAACCUUUCCAAACAAGUCAUAUUUGUUCAGGCAUUUUCUAAUUUGACAAUCAUGAACUAACUGAGGCCUGUGGAGUCUGGCUCUUUGUUCUUUUACAUUUUCUCAGAGCAUUUCACAGUGAAGGAUCUCAGGAGUGAGUUUGCUGAAUGUUCACUCCUAAGAAGAUCGCUGCUUUGUGUUAACACAUGGCUGAAUGCCCCUUAUUGCUGAUCAGUUAAUCGAGUAUAUUUGAUUAGCAGGCUGGCUGCUACGUACCAGUCAUAGUACGGAUUUCCCCCAACCCAGUUUAUUUCUCCAAACUUAUUCUUUUUUUAUUUUGCUUAGCACAAAAUUACAGAAAGGAAACAACGGCUAACAGAAACCAUUUUAUGAGCUAACUGGUGUUUAUUUCAAGUGUCUCAUGUCAUAUUACAUUAAUUACAGGUUCAUUCAUUUCUUUCUUUGUUUUGAAUUUUUGGCAGCUUUGGUCCUCCAUACGAGUCUGAAUGGAGAGGGGGAAGCAGCUCAUAUUAUCUCAGACGUUAUAUCACCAUCCAGAGAAUAAUAUUAUUCUGGGCUAUUUUUAACUCUUUAGAAAUUCAGCGGGUCAGUUUGAACUUCAUGUGCUACCCUGUAAAUGUUGGCGGCCCGGGACUCGUAAAGUUUCACCUCCUCUCUGAGCGCUUUGUUUAGAUGGUGAAUUGAUUUUCUUUUUUCUCACAGGCUGCUCUCUGCAGCCAGUAAAAACACAAAGUAAUGGUGAAAGUUUAGAGAAACCAUCAUGUGUCCUGGGAACAAGCACCUGCUAGAAAUCCUGUACGUUAUGUUGACUUAAUGGGACUUUAAAAUGGAACGAACCCUGUGAGCUAGCGAGGUCCUGUUUAUUGAGCCUUCAGAAAUGCAAAGACAGAGAUGCAUAAAAAUGU